AUGGAAGGGCUGCCAGAAUCUGCUUUCGAGAAGUUGCAGAUCUUUGAAAAAAUGGGUCCUGAGCGCUGGGUGAAGCCUCACGCCCCUGUGGAGAAAUACUAUAAAUUGCUGGUCAGAGGAGAUCUAAAGAAGCUCAAAGCCCUGACGGAUGAGUACUAUGAAGACGUCAACAUGAUCUUUGAGAUCAGUAAAAACGAGCUGGAAUGGCAAGUCAAAAGCCACGCUGCGUUUGGAUUGUCAGGCUUGUGGUCUCUGGAAUACAAGCGGGAACUCACCAAUCCCCUCUGCAUCUCCGCCAGCCACGGACAUACGGCCUGUCUUCGUCACCUGCUAUUCUGGCGGGCCGACCCCAAUGCGGCCCCAGGAGGGCAGAGUGCGCUACAUGAAGCCUGCAAGGGGGGCCACACCGACUGCGUGGAGCUUCUGUUGGAACACAAAGCCAACCCCAAUUUUCUGAGCGACGACGGUCUAGCGCCUUUGCACCUGUGCACUGGACAGAACUCUUUUGGGUGUGCAAAGGCUUUGGUGACCUUUGGUGCCUUGGUCAACCAGCCCAGUGAAGACUCCCAGGAAACCCCGCUUCACAUCGCUGCUAAGCACGGACUUCCUGAGCACGCCCACCUGUAUCUGAGGAACGGCGCUACGGUGGAUCUGAAGAACAGUAUGGAAGAGACGGCCCUUAGCGUCGCUUGCGGAGAGGCCAAGGGAAAGGAGUGCCAAGAGAGCUACUUGCGAGUGUGUCAACUACUGCUUACAGAUGGAGCAGAAGUGAAUUCUGUGGACGGAGACAUGAAGAGCCCGCUUCACAAGGCCUGCAAAAACGCUCAUCACCGCUUGGUCCUGCUGCUGCUGCAACGGCAAGCAGAUGUGAGUGCCCUGGACUAUAACGGGGCGUCCCCGCUGUCCUGCGUCCUCCAGACGGCAGCUUUCAAACAAGAGCUGAGGCCGCAUCGCACAGUGCAGACUUUGCUGAACCACGGCUCUCUAAAAAUAUGGCCGACUGCCUUUGUCAAGGUGCUGAAAUCUUGUGCCUCCGUACCAGAGAUUAUUGAAAUCCUUUGUAAUUCCUACCCUCAUCUGCCCAUUACUGAGAAGUGGAUGGAAGCUAUUCCGAAGGAAGACUUUGAGAGACAUCUGCCUUUCUAUGAGUCCCUGUUCAAUCAGAUGUACACAGUCCGGACUCUGCAGCAUUUCUGUCGCUGCACCGUCAGAACAAGGCUCGGCAGGAGGUGCCAUUGUCUCAUCCCCUUGCUCCCUGUACCCAAAUCCCUACAAAGCUACCUUCUGUUGGAACCGGAGGGAGUCCUACUCUGAAACUCCCGCAACAAUCCACCAAACUCCAACACUGGAGUCCUUUUGCUGACACGUCCCCGUUGAUGUACAACAGACUCCGCUGCUUGUCUAUACAAGAUUUCCUGUUUCUGCUAUAAAUAAAUGCUUUUGGGGAUCUGCAUUAAUACUACUGUACGGUUUUAUGGAGAGCUGAAGCUUUUCUGAUUAUGGGAUGGCUUUUCUGGUUAGAUUUAACUUUGCAGCUGUGCUUGUUUGUUGUUUAUUGCUUCAUAGAUUUUCUCUUUAGUGAUCUAUUAGUACAAUAUAAACAGCACAGCGCAUGAAUAGUAAAGGGUUAGGAGCGUUUCAGAAUAAAGCAUUUGCUGUUGAUACGUUG